AUGAAAGGGGCGACUUCAGAAAAGGAAGCACAAGUACCUAGUAGUGGCAGUAGCUCGAAUGUCUCCCUCGCAAAAACGUUCCAGGGUCAGAUCGAGGUAAAAGAACUAGACAAUGAUAAUGACAGCCAUAUAUUCCAAGAUCCGGUUGUAGCUGAGCACUAUCGUGAAAUUUACGAAAAGGUGGAUUACGAAUGUAAGGAUCACUUUGAUCCUAAUCUUACUUGGACUAAGGAGGAAGAAAAAAAGAUUCUUCGUAAAACCGAUUGGUACGUUUGCUUUUGGGCGUUCGUAAUGUUCACUGCCCUUGACAUCGACAGAUACAAUAUCAGUCAGGCAUUGUCGGAUAAUUUGUUGGACGACUUAGGAAUCACUACGAAUGAUAUGAAUUUGGGAAACACCAUUAAUUUGGUGUGUUUCUUAUCUGCCGAAUUACCCUCUCAGUUGCUUUCCAAGUGGAUUGGUCCCGAUAUUUGGAUUCCGCUGCAGAUGGUUCUCUGGAGUGUGGUUUCCAUGUCUCAAGCCGCCAUGAAAUCAAGAUCAGGAUACUUAGCAACCAGAGCUUUGAUAGGAGCUCUUCAAGGUGGCUUUAUUCCUGAUGUGUGUUUAUGGAUGUCUUAUUUCUAUACUUCAAGCGAGUUUCCUUCCAGAAUGUCUUUGUUCUACAUUGCUAAUCCAUUGUCACAAGUAUGGUCCUCAUUGCUUGCCUUUGCAGUAUUGAAGAUCCUGACUGGAAGUUUACAAGAAGGAUGGAGAUGGCUUUUUCUUCUUGAGGGUUUGGUGACUUUGAUUAUUGGAUUCCUUUCGUUUUUUAAAAUGCCAGCCUCGGUGGUCCAAACUAAGGCAUGGUAUCGCAAAAAAGGCUGGUAUACCGACCGUGAAGAAAAGAUUCUCGUGAACAAAGUUUUGCGUGAUGAUCCACAAAAGGGAGAUAUGCACAACAGAGAGCCAGUGGGACCACGAGAGUUGUUGAAGACAUUAUUGGACUAUGACCUUUGGCCAGUCUAUUUCAUUCGAAUCUUGGGAGAUAUUGGUACGGCACCUGUCCAGACUUAUUUAACCUUGACAUUGAGAAAACUUGGCUUCUCAACAUUCAAAACUAAUGCUCUUACGAUUCCUUACAGUUUGAUAUCUAUUAUAACAAUGGUGGCUACUGGAUACUUAUCGGAGAUAUUUAACCAACGGGCACUAGCGUUAGCGAUUACGCCUUUAUGGACCAUAGCGUGCCUUAUUCCUUUGCGAUGGUGGAGCGGGGCCCAGAAAGACAUUUGGGGUACAUAUGCUCUCUUGACAGUUUUACUUGGCCAUUCUCCAAUCUGGCCCAUCUCUAUUACCUGGUGUUCCCACAAUUCAAAUUCUGUUCGCAGCAGAGCUGUCAGUGCUGCCUUAGUGAACAUGUUUUCUCAAUCGGGAGCUAUCAUAGCAGCCAACAUAUAUCGAUAA